UUGACUGUGAAAAGGCCAAAAUCAUCUUGUCACCCCGGGUGUCUGACAUCAACUCAUGCCGUCCAGGAUUCUAACUCCUACUCUGUGAAUAUGCCACACUAUUCGUUCGACGCGGCUGCGUUUCUGGAUCAGUGUUUGAAGGCCAUUCAAGAAGUGAUUGACGCGGAACAUUCGUCCCGAAGGACGCACCCGGCCCUUACCGAUUUGAGGGGUUGCCUACUGACAACAGAGCAUCUUCUAUUUGAACACUUUCAGUUUCUUCUGGAACGAGAACGACGCGAGGUAUCGUCGUCAAAAACGGUGCAUUCACUGCUUUGCUCGAGGGUAUAUCCUUCCAAUUUGCAGUCGUUGGUAGAACUCCUCAAGCGUAUUCUGCAAGAAAAGCAAGCUUUGGAUCAAGAACAUCCAGAACAAGCUUAUGUCUACCAUCAACAAGAUCAGUACAGAUCAUACUACCAGAGCCGAAAUUCAAUAGAUUCGCUUCUAUUCCGGCUGGUAGUGAUUCUACAGUUGUGUUUGGUCCGUACUGACGAUGCAAGGAAUUCGACGAACUUUGGUCGGCGAAAGGACAUUGCAUUAACGAACACUCCUGGUUACUUUUCGUGGUGGAUAAUCGCGACAGUAGGAUUUGCUGGGGCGAGGACAGCAGCGACCGCAUUCCCGAGAACACUCUUGGCUAUCAGGGGGGCUGCUGCACGCGAGGGCGUCACAAUAGUCCAAGCCGUGGGCGGACUUGUUUUGCUAAUGUCUUCGGCAAAUGCAAUUCGAAAACGAUGGGGGAAAUUGUGGAUCGCGUCAAGGAUAGCAAAUAGCUCGGAAAGUCUACAGGAAUGGAAUCAACAAUGGGCAAUGUUGCAAUUUAAUGUUUCCAAGGACGAUAAGUCGUCCAAUGCACCAUCGUCGUCUCCUACUUUGCCAGCCUUUGACACGUGCAAAACCCAGAAGCUGGUACGCUAUGCAUUUCGAGAUACCCCAUGGGCUUCCUUCUGGCACUCACAGGGUGAACUUCGUUUCAUGAUGCUGAAACGCGCCAUGGAUGUAUUUUAUGCUUCGGUUGGGACGGCGAUAACUUACACUGGCAAAAGUGCCGGCUCCGAUCGAGGCAAGUGGCAACUCACAAUCGCCUCUGCUGCUGCAGCCUCAUUUUACUCCCUGAUUGGAGCAAACCGCAAGGCACACGAAGUGACAUCUUCGUCUGAUUCGGCACGAUCUUUGAUCCAGAAUGCAUGGGGAAUGGUCUCGCUACCAGCGAUUAAAAGCUUGUCGCUACAGGCCUCCCGUUUGAUUAAGGGUGCUUCUGUUGCGGAUCGUAUCGAGAUUUGUGGCGUGUCCUGUUUCAUCCUGUCCAAGGAACCUGCCCCAGAACUGGCGGCUGCGAUUCGGAGGGCGCAACGCCUUUUGGGUCGGCGUAAAAUGCAGUCUAAUGCGCUGUCUACAAUCGACGAGGGCACGGAACACAAUCCGGACUCAAUACAAAGUCCCAAGCCCUUUGCUGCUUCGUCCGAUCGCCAUCGCCAGCGCGACGUCAUAUUUCAUCUAACUGGCGGUGGUUUCUUCGCACACAUUAUUGCUUCCGAUUUGCCUUUUUUAUUGGAUUGGAGUGCGGCUACUGGAGCUGUCGUUAUUUGUCCCGAAUAUUGUUUACUGCCUGAACAUGCCUUUCCGGACGCGUUGCACCAAGUAGAAGACGUUUAUCGAUCGUUAUUAUGGGGCGACUCCGUCAAGAGUCUUGGUUUUGAAGUAAAUCGCAUCGUGGUGACAGGCGAAUCCGCCGGAGGCAACUUGGCUGCCGCUCUCUGCGUGAAGAUCUGCAUGGAAAGAGAUGAAAUACAUACGAAUGUGAGUAUGACCGCUACGGGGGGCAAACGAAACGUCUCAGAUACGUCCAUGGAUUAUAUCGAGAAGGAAACACCACCUUCCUUGCGCCUCCCAGACGCGCUUAUGCUCUCGUGCGCGGUGCUGAACCUCUCUCUCGACUUAACUCUCUCUCGGGUCGCUGGUACCGACGAUCCCGUCCUCCCGAGCGGUUUGAUCUCCGCAAUUUCUGACGCAUAUUUGCCUUCGGAGUCGGGAAUCAGCAAGAAAAAUCCUCUGGUAUCUCCCAUAUACGCUGCUGACGACUGCUUACGCCGCUUUCCUCCGACUUUGCUGUUCGCGGGCUCCAAUGAUCCUCUCCUGGAUGAUUCUGUCGCUUUCAACAAAAAGUUAUGCUAUCUUGGGGUCGAAUCGGAACUCCGCGCUGUCGCGAAUCUCCCUCACGCCUAUCUUGGACUAGGUACUGCAGGUUUUCCGGAGGCGCAACAAGUACAACAGGAGUGUCGAACAUGGCUUUCGCAUAAGCUAGCAACGGAGUCUGCAUGCUAA